UGCCCAAACAGCGCAGAGGGCGGGCCGGGCUCUUCUUUUGAGACCACCUUAGGCAUGCUCCCACCCCUCUGCUAAACAAAAAAAUGCUGACACCACUCAGAUGCUUUGCUUUAGCUGUAUAGUUAUCAUCUGUGCAAACCUCUCCCUUUCAGCAACGGCAGCUAAAGGAAUAUUUGGAAUACCAAAGUCGUUUCUGCAGUGAUUUCUUUUCAUGAUCUCGAUUCUUGCUUGACUCUUAAAAUUUAUCAGUCUGAAUCCGUCUGGUCUGAGCAUUGGAAAGCUCUUCUCUAAGCGGAAGGAAGAUGUUUAUUAAAGUUCCAUUCUUCAUCCUCAUUCUAGGGAGCGUGCCCCUCGUAGCACUUGCUGAAGAAGCAAGUGCCAUUCUAGAAGGAGAAGAAAGUGCAACAAUCGAUUUCAAAGACAGAAAUGACACAGAGUUUGAGGAGUUACCGACGCUGCUGCCCACAAGACUACAGAGUGUAACAAAUCUCUUGCAGUUUGGAAGACUAAUGACCACAGAAAGUGCAUUUGACGUGCCUGAAGAAAAUGAUAACGCCACGUAUUAUGAAGUUAGCACUGAAACCGCUGACGGUGGACUGAAUGGGGAACAGACAGAGAAAACUGAAAAAGGUGGCCUGGAAACAAUUGCACUCGUUGGAAUAAUAGUUGGAAUCAUAGUAGCUGUUGGAAUCCUUGCUGGAAUCAUAAUUGCUGUUGUAAGGAAGAUGUCAGGCAGGUACUCGCCCUGAAAGGAGUUGAAACAAGUAACCAUGCCAUUCCAUGUCAGUACACACAAGUGCUUCUUACUUCAGAAGAACUAAAGACUAUUCCUGUAUCAGUGUGAGAAGAUGAUCCAUGGAAGAUGUAGUGGAACAGUUCCACAUCUAUGGGGAUCCCACACAGCUCUCCCAAAGACUUUCCUUUUUUAAAAACAGACUGCAGAGCAUGGAACAUUUGCUUAGGAUUUUUGCUAAUCCCAGAGGAACAAAAAAAAAUUAUCCUACAGGAAAAAGCUCCAGUAGCAAUGACAUUUACAUCUGAAAAAUGAUGUGCAGGUAACGUAUGCUAGCUUCAUUUUAAAUGCUGCUGGCAAAGAUUAUUUCACAUCACAUCACAUAGUAUGCAUUUCUUUUCCCAAAAUCUUUUAAGUGUUUUGGCUGGUUAAGUGCUUGUGGCAUGUUCAUCUACUGAAUUAGCAAGGUAGGACAUUUCUUAUCAGAAAGGAGGUAUUGCUUCAGAUAUUGCUACUGAUUUUCUGCUCAAUGCUUACAUUACCAUGUGGCAAAGUAUAAUAGGUCCAGCUGGAACUGACCUACCAACUAAAAGCUUGUGCAUUUGACUUGCAUCAAGAAUUUCCUGUCUCCUCUAGUUGCAGAGACACAAGGAUUGGAAUACACAUCCUGAAUUAAAGGGUGCUUGGAAAAUACCCAGUUUUGAUGGGUCACUUUAACCAGUUAUUCAGCACGCUUUAGAGCUGACGUGCAAAGGCUUUUGAAUUCAUGUAUUCACGUUUUUCUUUAUAAGUGUCUUUUUCUAACAGCCUGCUUGAUCACAUGCAUGACAGACUAAAUCAGAGCAUGUUAGUGACAUGUAGUGCAUCCUUGGACUCUGCAGCUUUCUACUAUGGCACAUUAAGUGCAGCAGUAUCUGAACACGAGGAGUUCAGAGUGAAAGCUUUGUAUGCCAGAUGGCUGCAGUGCAUUGUGUUUUCUAAACUAAAGCAUCAAACGUUUGGUGUAAAAAUCUUCCAUUUCAUAUGGUUGACAUGUAUUAAACAAGUCAAUUUACAUAGA